UAAAGAGGAGCCAUCCUGGGGCUCUAGGGAACUAAUUCAUCAUUUAUUCUGUUUUAAUUGCCAUGGCGACUUCACAGCGCGUUGUCAUCAUCGGUGCUGGCAUUGUUGGUACCAACCUCGCCGACGAGCUAGUCACGCGAGGAUGGAAGAACAUUACCGUUGUUGAACAGGGCCCACUAAGUAUGCCAGGAGGGUCGACGUCGCACGCCCCCGGCCUUGUGUUCCAGACGAAUCCUUCGAAAACAAUGACUCUGCUCGCAAAAUACACGGCUGAGAAGCUGAAGUCUCUCGAGAAGGACGGGCAGAACUGCUUCAAUCAGUUGGGUGGCCUAGAGGUUGCGACAACACCAGAACGUCUACAAGAACUCAAGCGCAAGCAUGGUUAUGCACAGUCGUGGGGGAUCGAAGCGCAUCUGAUCAGUCCUCAAGAAUGUCUCAAGAAGUAUCCCCUCCUGAACAAGGACUUGAUACUUGGCGGACUGCAUAUUCCGAGCGAUGGACUAGCACUGGCGGCUCGCGCGACACAAUUGCUCAUCGAGAGGACGCGUAAAGCCGACGUACAAUACCUCGAACAUACCCUCGUCACUGGCUUUGAGCAGGCGAACGGCCGCGUGACAGGCGUCACAACAAACAACGGCUCAAUUCCCGCAGAUAUCGUCGUGUCGUGUGCUGGCUUUUGGGGUGUUGAGAUUGGAGCCAUGAUCGGCUUGAAGGUUCCCCUUCUACCAUUGGGGCACCAGUACGUAAAGACCACAGCCUUGUCAGGUCUUAUAGGCCGAGAAACCAAUAACAAAAUAAACGGGAUGAACGCCGAGUUACCCAUUUUGCGACACCAGGACCAAGAUUUGUACUACCGCGAGCACGGAGAUCAGUACGGUAUUGGAUACUAUGGCCAUCGCCCUAUGCCUGUGGUUGCGGCUUCGUUAGGCGCAACUCCUAAGCACGUUGACGAGAAUAACAUGCCAUCACGCCUCGAAUUCACCCCUGAGGACUUUGAGCCAGCCUGGAAAGCUACCAAAGAGCUGCUCCCUGCUCUUCAAGAAACCGAAAUUGCUGACGGUUUCAACGGGAUCUUUUCCUUCACUCCAGAUGGCGGUUCCGUCGUCGGCCAAGCACCCAAUCUCGAUGGCUUCUGGGUCGCCGAGGCCGUAUGGGUCACGCACUCGGCCGGUAUAGCUCGUACAGUCGCAGAGAUCCUUACCGAAGGUCGUUCAAGUAUCGAUAUCAGUGAGUGCGAAUUGACGCGAUUCGAAGAAGUCCAGCUCAGUCCGGAGUAUGUCAGUGAGACUUCGCAGCAGAACUUUGUUGAAAUAUACGACAUCCUUCAUCCUCUUGCACCAAAGGAGUCACCGCGUAACCUCCGAAUUAGUCCCUUCCAUACUCGGCAACGAGAACAAGGUGCUUUCUUUCUUGAAGUAGGAGGCUGGGAGCGUCCACAUUGGUACGAAGCGAAUGCGGAGUUGGUCAAGACCCUUCCAGUAGAAUGGAGACCCGUUGACCGUGAUGCAUGGUCAUCAAAGUUCUACUCACCGAUUGCUGCAGCCGAAGCCUGGAAGACGCGUAACGCAGUUGCCAUGUACGACAUGACAACUUUCCAUCGAUUCGAAGUAUCGGGCCCUGGUGCUGUACAUUUACUUCAGCAACUUACGACUAGUGACGUUUCCAAGCAGCCUGGUGCUAUUACCCACACUCUGCUUGUCAACGACUAUGGCGGCGUCAUAAGCGACAUAUUUGUAUCGAGAUUAGAUGAUGAAUUGUUCCAGAUCGGCGCAAAUACGGCAACCGACCUUGCCUACCUCGCACGCGCGGCUCGCCAUCAGGCUACACAUACACCCAAUCGAUGGGCAUUGGUACGCGACAUUACCGGCAGUACCUGCUGUCUCGGUCUCUGGGGUCCUCGAGCUCGGGAUGUCAUCCAAACGGUCAGCUCGGACGACUUCAGCAACAAGAGAUUACCAUAUAUGGGCGUGAAGAAGACAAGCAUUGCUGGUGUUCCAGUGACCAUGUUCCGAAAAUCGUUUGUGGGCGAGUAUGGUUGGGAACUCCAGACCACUCCCGAGUACGGUCAGCGCCUCUGGGAUCUCCUGUGGCAGUCAGGGAGGCCCCAUGGACUUAUCGCUGCAGGCCGUGCCGCCUUCAAUGGCCUACGAAUAGAAAAGGGCAUCCGAUCCGCAGGAAGCGAUAUGAACUCCGAACACAACCCUUGGGAAGCCGGAGUCACAUACGCCAUACAUAUGGAUAAGAAGGCAGACUAUGUAGGCAAGGCUGCGCUUGAGCAACUCUCGAGAAAGUCACCUUCGCAAAGACUCAGAUGCUUGACCGUUGACGAUGGCCGCUCCAUGGUUCUAGGCAAAGAGCCAGUUUUCUACAAUGGCGAGACGGCAGGCUAUGUCACUAGUGCCGCUUUCGGGUAUACCGUACGCAAGCCGGUUGCAUACGCCUGGUUACCGAGCAAGGUCCGUGAAGGAGAAUCGGUAGAGAUUGAGUACUUCAGUACGAAGGUCAAGGCCACAGUCACGAAGGACCCAUUGUACGAUGCGCAGGACGACCGGCUCCGUGGCGAUGGGCCUUCGAGCGAGCCUGAGCUGCAGAAGAGAUUGAAGUCGAUGCUGUAACGUCAGGAACUUUGUAAAUUCGGACAAACACCCCGAUGGGGCUUGAUUAUGAGGUAUGGUGCAUUGAUAUGAAGUUUUGCUGUCUCUGCAUUAGCGUGCGAUUCGUAUGCUAGCAUUUGUCUACGGCGUACACGAAAUGGAACCC